AUGUCUCCUAAGAGAAGAUCCUCAGAAAAUGAAGCACAUGAACUUCCAAAGCGGAGAAGAACCUACCAGGCUUGUAUCAACUGCAGAUCAAGGAAGGUGAAAUGUGAUCUAGGCCCAGUCGAUAAUCCCCACGCUCCACCUUGUGCCCGAUGUAAAAGGGAGCUAAAAGAUUGUUCUUUUAGUUCCACUAGGGGGGAGACAAAUGGCACAUCUCCCAAUAUGAUUACUGCAGCAAGUAAAACAUUCUUGAGCAAAAGUGAACAGCAGAUUCGAAAUAGAUCGACGAGCCCGAUUACAGCAGACAUGACUCUGUCAGGAAAGGAAACUGGUAAUGAAACAUCGUUUAAAUCAGAAGGUGUGAAAUGGAAGUUUGAACUUUCAUCCAUGCAGAACGCUUUAGAAUUUUUAGCGCAAGCAGCCGGCACUGUAGCUAAGGAAGGUGCGAAAGAAAUCAUAGAGGAUAAGUCCGCAACACCAAGACCGCUUGUAGAUCCUUUGGAUACAUCACACCAAUCAGCGACAGACGGCGGGUUGAAACGGCUUUCAAGAGGUGAUAGUGCUGCUUCUGCUACUUGUACUCCUCACGAAAAUGUAACAGCUAUGCUUGCUGCCAGCCUUAAUGCAAAUAGGACAACUUCACAACUAAUAAGAGAAAUCAGCGGAGUCAGACCCAGUCCCACGCGGAAAAUCGAGGACUUCGAUUAUAUCGGUCCAGACAACUUGCUCACUAAAGAGGAGGCAAUUGAGCUCAUCGAGGCAUUUUUUCUUACGAUGCAUCCAUUCUUUCCUAACAUCCCGCUCCAGUUGCACGACCCCAAAGAACUGGCAGAAUACCCAAUUUUAUUUUGUGCAAUUUUGACUGUUUCUGCUCGCUACCAUCGUUUUGAUACUCUUGGAUUGUAUAACGGAGAAAAUGGGUUAAGGCACAUUGAAGUUCACGAUAAAUUAUGGGUAUAUUGCCAGAAACUCAUAUCACAAACAAUUUGGGCAGAGGCUAGUACUAGGUCGAUUGGUACUGUGCUUGCCUUUAUAAUCUUUACGGAAUGGAACCCAAGAAGCAUUCAUUAUAAAUGGUCAGACUACGCAAAUGAUCCAGAGUUAAACAAUGUUAAUGUAAGAGGAAGUAAGAAUAUUUGUACGAGGAAGGACGAAGAGGGAUUAACGGGUGUUGGUGCUAUCCGUAGAAGUGACCGGAUGUCGUGGAUGCUGACAGGGUCUGCGGUAAGGCUGGCCCAAGAUAUGGGGUUUAUUGAAAAUAGCUCAAAAAUAUUCAUUGUUACUCAUAUAUCUGAGACUACAAGCGCCAUGAAUAUGAAUCAAAGGUCUUUAUUAGCAGAAUCUUUCAGUGUUUUAAAUCUUAAUUUAGAGAAAUUCGAUAGUGACGGAAAAGAAAAUAACGAGAAUUAUUUUGGAAAUGAAAAGUUUUAUCUGGACGAGAUUUUACCCAACGACGAAAUUAAAAAGAGGUGGAAAGGGGUUUUUGAAGACUCAGCAGAUGCUAGCGACAAUGAGAAAUAUCUUUUGACAGAUUGGGAAAGGGAGUUUUUAAACGAUGAAUACGUUCUAUAUUAUUCCAAUAAGAAUGACGACACAAACUUGGCACAAAAUCAUACGCCGCCAUUUCCGUUAAGAUUCUCGUUUGCCCAAAGAGCAAAAAUAGAGAUAAUUCGAAUCUUAUCCAUAGCAUAUGAGACUAUAUAUUGCGAGAAGAAUAAGAGAAAAUUGGCAACAACUGAUCAAAGGCACAACUUAUCUGUUCUAAGUAUUUUUUCUCCCCUGAUGGAAGGCUGGCUCAGCAACUACAGAGAGGUUCUCGUGCCUCUAUCCGAUGUUCCAUUUUCAUUAGCAGAUAGAAAGAAUAAAAAACAAGUGUUUGAUAAUAUUGAUAGGAUAAAUGGCGAAAGUAUCAUAACCGAUUUUAAUUAUUGUCAACUUUACAUUUUUUCACUUGCUUUACAAGUAGAUGGAAAGAUAAGCAGGCUAAACAUGAAUGAGAUUGUAACAAGUGCAAGGUAUGUAGAACUCGCAUACAGAUCUGCCAAAGAAAUACUAGGUUCUGCAAAACGAGUAUCAAGACAAGCAAUGCUUAAGUUCAUGCCCGUAAGAUGGGUAAUACGAAUAAUUAGGUCAAUUGCCUUUAUUGUAAAAUGUUAUCUAACACUCACUGGCAGUGAACUAGCAACAAAUCCAGAUGCCAGAAAUAUUUUAAAACUGAGUGCAAUAUCUGUUGAUGAAACAUUCGAUCUCAUGCGUGAUACCGCGGUAACCUUAAAGGAAGCCACACCAGAUGAAUUACACCUGUGCCAGAGGUAUGCAGCCAUAUUAAUGUACUUAUGUACUGAAAUGAAACUUCGGAAAAGUUCCCAUUUAGAACGACCAUCCCUAUUAAGAAGUAGCACGACUCCUCUGGAGAGCAAUCAUGGAUUUUCACUGGAAGGAGUGGACGUCACCAAAAAAUCAACGUUUUAUAGGGACAUUGGAGGUAAUAAGACAGAUUCUAAGUUCGAAACCCCAGAAAAGCUUCCCGUGGAUGAAAUUGGUGACAAUCUUAACAACUCAAACGAUUUAUCAGGUAAAGCCAUUGUAAAUUCUUUUGUUGAGCAAAAUAAUGACAUUACAGCAGCAUUGCUGAACAAUGAGCUGUUCCAGGGUCCUUCACUGUCUGAAGAAGUUACAGAUUGGUUCGGUGCUAGUGAAGACAUCGGGCUCGAAUUUGUAGAACCAUGGACAGAGCUUAUCGAACAGCGAUACAUGCAGUGUGGUGAUGGUGAUAAUAAUAACUUUGAAAAUCUAUACAACUUAUUCGUGAAUACUAAUGACAUCGAUAAUGAAACCGAUAGUUCAAGGCCAGUCACACGUAAAUAA